GUGUGGGCGCGCGCGGGGGCGGGCACGCCAGGCCGCCCACCAAUCACAACAGUCGUCGCCGGCGUCUGCUUCCAGAAGCAUUACGCUGUUAAACCCGUCUUUUCCUGACUGAAAAUCUCUUGCCUCCCCAAACCGCUGCCAGUCAUGGGUUGCGAGGAGGAAGUGCUCAAGAUUAAGAAGAAGCUAGACAAGAUGACGGCGAGCGAGGGCGAUCAGACACAGGCACUAGAUAUAUUGAGGGUACUGCAAGGACUGCCAAUCAACUUCCAGGUUUUGUCAAAGACACGUAUCGGUAUGACUGUGAAUGCUCUCCGUAAGGCUUCUACUGACGAAGAAGUAAUUUCCACUGCUAAACAGUUGAUAAAGAAUUGGAAAAAAUUUGUUCCUGACAAAAAAGAUGACGAUGAAAAAGAUGGAAAAGAAGAGAAGAAAAAAGAGAAAGAAGAUAAGAAGGAAUCUAAAAACAACAGUAACAGUAGCAAUAGUAGCAACAACAGUAGCAGCAGCAGCAGCAGUGGAAGUUCCAAGCCUGCCAGCUUUCCAACAGCAGCCCCACCUACCACAGAUUCUCUGCGCCUUAAGUGCCGAGAAAUGAUUGCUAAUGCCCUCAAAUUAGCAGAAAUGCCUGAUGGUGUGGUGGAUACUCCCGAGAGUCUGGCCGAGAAGGCUGAAGAAGCUAUCUUCCAAGAGUUCCGCAAUACUGAUGCUGCUUAUAAGAACCGUUUGCGGUCAAGGGUUUACAACUUAAAAGACUCCAAGAACCCACAAUUACGAGAAAAUGUUCUAAGAGGCGUUAUUUCCCCACAGAGACUUGCAACUAUGAGCUCAGAAGAAAUGGCUAGUGCUGAAAUGAAGGCAUUACGGGAGAAAUUUACUAAAGAAGCCAUCGAUGACCAUCAACUUGCUGUUGCUCAAGGUACCAAGACAGAUCUGCUCAAGUGUGGCAAGUGUGGGCAACGGAACUGCACGUACAACCAGAUGCAGACCAGAAGUUCUGAUGAACCUAUGACCACAUUUGUGUUAUGCAAUCAUUGUGGUAAUCGCUGGAAGUUUUGCUGAGCUUCAAGUCACAGGAACCAAAUAUAUAUACCCCAAAGGAUUUCUUUGUUUUUGUAAAGAACUUGUUAAUCAUUGGUUGCUCCCAAAACUUAAUAUAUUAGACAAUUUGAUAUUAAUAUGACCAACCUUUGAAUAGCUCUGCUGCAUGUAAUCUUGUACAUGUGGCAUGUGGUCUACCUUGAGAGCCUACCGAGCCAUUGGAAAAUGGCUCGGUAAGGCUCUAUUCCACAUGCUUAUAACUUGAUGUUAUGGAAUACAUGCAGUUGAGCAUUUCAAGGUAAAAAUUACAUAAAUUGAAGACAAAUGUAGAAAUAAAAAGUAUAUAAUUUUGUAAAUCUUUAAAGUUUACAAACUGUAGACAUCACCAUCAUUAUUCAUUUUGAAUUAUUUCAUGUCAAAUACAUCAUAAUUAUUAUUAUAUGUACUAAUGUCUUAUAAAUCACUUCCCUGUUUCCAACCUAGUAAUUUACUAAUAGAACUUUUCUGCCAUGAUUAUUGAUGAAUUAUGCAAGAUUUAGAACCGAGAAAGUCUGCAUUAUACAUUGAUAACCCUCUCGACAUAGGGAGGGUGCGUGUUAUACUGUGUGUGUGGAGAGCAGGUGUAUUAACACUACUUUGAGGAUAUAUCAAGUUUUUAUUCAUCGAUUUAUAUGCCAUUGGUAAAGCAUAUAAUGAUUAAUUUUGUAUGGGGUUAUGUGAUCAAGUUAGGUGAUGAGCUGACCACUCGCCAUUCUGGAUCAUGGGUGAAAAGCUAUUAAACAUCCAGGCGUAUUUAUCCCAUUGAAGGGAUUUUGUUACAAGAAAAUUGUAGAAAUCUUACUAGUUUUAUUAAAAAAAAGAAAGUUUUAUAAAAAGUUUUAUUUUACAUUUUGUCCAAAAAAUUGUUGACCCAAUUUUUCCUAUAGUCUUCAAGGCUUGACUAUGACAGUUAGUUUCUUUAGAUAAUCACUUGAGCAAUAGUUAAUUUUCUUCAUACAAAAAUAUUUUUGCUAUCAGCCUCAAAGUUUGAGUUGCAUCUAAUACUUGCCUGAAUGCGAGGUCCAUGUAUUUUUUUAUUUUUUAUUAGAUGUAUAUUAUUCUGAUAGGAAGCUAAUUAUGAAAUGAGACCGACAUUUGGAUUACAUUUUGCAGGUGUAUAAUUUGAUGUUGCUAAAACAUAUUUAAAUGUUAAUGAUACCAAUUUACGUACGAAUUACUGGAAAGUUUGGCAUUGUACUUUACCAUUCCAGAAUUGUGAGAGAAAGCUUAUAUGAAAAGAAAUUUUCACCAAGAAGUAACAUAUUUAUUUAAAACAUUUCCCUAUGCUAUAUAAAUGAUAAAACUGUUUUUGGAGUGUGUAACACAUUAGACAUGCUUUUCAUGUUAACAAUACUUUUCAUUUCAGAAUGUAGCAUAUCUAUGCCUAUUGUCCUAUAUUUUUUAAGCUAGAAAAAAUGAUUUUUUUUUUAAGUCAUAUUUAAAUCUGUACUCAUUCAUAAUAUUAAACUUUUUUAUGGAUAUGUAGGACCAAAAUUUUUUCUUUUUUUAAUAUUGGAUUAUUUCCAAUCUUAAUGCUUGAACUACUAGGUAAUACAGUUUUCAUAUCCUGAGUACUGUGUUCUUAUCAAUACAAUUGUACCUGUAGA